AUGGCGACCGAUGGUGCACAGCCAGAUCUUGCCGCCUUGACUUCGGCCUUACAACAGAUGCUUCAGGAGCAGCAACAGCAGAGAGCCCAGAUCGAGUCGUUGAGCCAAGCAGUUCAGGGUACUGGGUCGGCAGUUCAAGCUACACAGGCUGUUACAGAGCAGGUUGUGACGGAAGUGGUAUCUCAGGUGCAAGCGGGAUUUCAUCAUGAGCAGCAACAGAGUCAGGAGCAGUUGACCCAAGUUGGAACUAUCUUGACCACAUUGCAGGAUCAGAUGCAACAGAUGGGUCAAGCGAUCCAACAGGUACAACAGCAACAAGCUCAGUUGGCAUUCAGGUUGCUUCAGAUUCGGUUCAACCCGGUCACCAUUGGCCGUCAAAGAGCUGAUCUUAUGAAGAUCACCAACCCGGCAGCAGCGAUCAGCAUUGACAAGUUGGCGGCUGAGUUGGUGAAUUGGGAGAACCUGAUCGUGCAGUAUGAGUCGAGGCCAGGAGCCGAUCGUGUUUCUGAUGCUAUGAAGAUGGCUGCAUUAGUUCACAUGGUUCCGAAUGCCUUGAAGCAGCACUUGCAUAUGAACGCCGCAAGAUACACCACAUACCUUGAACUUCGUGAAGAGGUCAUGAGUUACGUUGAGCAGGUGGCACCAGUGGCGUCGACAACAAUGGAUGUUGGGUCGGUUGGUGUCAGCAAGGGAGGUGGUUGUUACAUUUGUGGAGGUCCUCAUAUGCAGAAGGAUUGCAAGAAGGGCAAAGGCAAAGGAGGUAAGGAUGGAGGAAAAGGGAAGGGCAAGAUUCCCGAUGGCGGCAAGGGCAAAGGGAAAGGCAAAGGCUUUGAAGGGAAGAAAGGUGGAGGAAAAGCCAAGCCGGUCUGCCACAAUUGUGGGAAGACAGGUCAUUACAAGGAUCAGUGUUGGAGCCGUCCCAAGCCCUUGAACGCAGUUGAUAAGGAGACCUCGCCUUUGUUGUCUCAGUUGCAGUCGAAUUAUGCCAAGGCUGCUGUGGAAGAGUUUCAGCGGUUGAGAUCGACAGGAGCAUCAUCGUCCUCAGCACCCAGUGCGCCCGUUGUUCAGAUCUCCACUCCAUCGUCCCCGACAUCGCCAGGUGCAGCUUCCAGUGCAUUGCCAAAGCCUCCAGUGAGCAUCGGUAGUUUGACAAUCAAACACUUGUGUGCAUUGAGCAGGGCACAGGCCAUUGCAAGGCGCAUUGUGGCAGAUGCAGAGCAGGGACGUUUUGAUGAGAUGGAGCGUCGCAUUGAGCAAUAUCUUCAAGGUGCAUGUCCGUUGACAGUGACGGUAGAUUCAGGAGCUGCAGCGUCGGUUGCCCCAGCAGAAGCUUUUGCAGAGCAUGAGCAGUUGGCCCCAGUUGACGGUGUGAGUUUCUUGAGUGCGAAUGGAGAGAUUGUUCCAGAGUUGUAUCGAGUGAAGCCCCUCAUCGUAACAGAGGAAGGAAAGGUGAGGGGGACAGAGUUCAGCAUUGCUCAGGUACACAAGGUCCUCAUGUCUGCUGCGCAGGUUGCCAAUCGUGGUCAUCGGAUUUUGUUGGCACCCUAUUGGGAGGACAGUUGGAUUGAGGAAAUUGAGACAGGAGAGCGAAUGCAGUUGCACCAGGAAGAAGGGUUUCAGCGGGCCGGCGCCGUGGAUUGUGCCUCCGGCGAUCUAGAGGUGAGUCCAGCACAUGCUGUAAGUCCUGAUCGGUCAUUCUUCAUUCAUGCAGUGAACGCGGAGGAGGCCGAGGAGGAGACAACAGCGGCUCGUGAUGAGGCCCAUGAAUUAGCAGUGCGUCCAAGUUCUGAUGUUUAUGGUGCAGGUCCUAUGAGCUUGAACGUAGACACCAGUGACUAUUUCCCAGAGGGCUGGGAGGACUAUGAGGCACCCGCGGGAGGUGUCGAUGAGGAGUUGCAUGGAGAAUUGAGUGGGGGUGAGGAGAUCGAAAAGAUCGCGCAAAGCACACCCUUGAAGCCGAGUGCGCAGGAGGUGGAUGAGCACAAUGUUACUCAUUUGCCAUAUAGGAGUUGGUGCAAUCAUUGUGUUAGAGGCCGUGGACGAGCACUAGCACAUCAACGAGUGAGAGAGGAUGCUGACGACAAAGCAAGGAGGAGGCCUCGGGUGAGCAUGGACUACUUUUAUCUUGGACGGCGGGAGGAGGAAUGUUUACCUCUUCUGGCGAUCUUGGAGGAGAAGUCACAAAGAACUUCUUCAGUGGCCAUGCCGUGUAAAGGGGUUACAGAUCAUCAGUAUCCAGUGACCAUUGUUGUCAAGUUGCUUCGUUGUUUGGGCUUGCAAGAUGCAGUGUUGAAGACUGAUACAGAACGGUCUUUAGUGGCGCUUCGCAAUGAGGUUCAGGCGAGACUUCCCGGUGUCGGCUUUGAAGAUGCUGUCAAAGGGGAGAGUGAGACCAAUGGACCCAUUGAGAAUGCAGUGGGUAAGCUCCAGGGAAUGUGUCGGACCUUGAAGUCAGCUUUGGAGGCUAACUAUGAGGCCGCCAUAUCUUCUCGACAUCCAAUCUUGCCUUGGUUGAUCGACUAUGCAGGGACUUUGCUAUCCAGGUUCAGUAGAGGACAAGAUGGCAGAACUCCUUAUGAAAGGUCAACAGGGAAACGGUGGCAGCUGAAGCUUCCUGCAUUUGGGGAAUGCGUUCUUUUUCAGAGGUUGAAAGGUGAACGGAAUCCUGCCAAGAUUGAGCCUCGUUUUGAAGAUGGGGUGUAUCUGGGUUUGCAAGACGGCGCAGCUUUGAAGUGGAUUGGUACGGAUCGAGGAGUUGAGCGAGCUUGGAGCGUGAAGCGAAAGCCCAGGGACGAGCAGUGGAAGAAAGAAGCAUUGGAGUCUUUGAUUGGGUUGCCGUGGCAGUUGAAGCCACCAGUGACUGCAGAUCCAGGACCCUUGCGACCGAUAGAGAUUGAGCUAUCGGAGGAACCGAAAAUGCCCGAGCCGGUGGUGAAGUUGAAGGGUAGGGACUAUGUGCCAAGAGGUCUCUACAUCCGUCGUGACGUGGAGUUGCAGCAGUUCGGAUACACUGAAGGGUGUGAUGGUUGCUUGGCAGCUCAGAGUGGACUUGCUCAUCGUCAGCACAGCAGAGUUUGCAAGGCGAGGAUUGCAAAUGAGUUGAGCAAAACAGAGGAUGGUAAGGCUAGAGUGGAACGAGUUCAUGAACGUGCAGAAAGAUACAUUGUCGCUUAUAAGAAGAGAGAAGAUGAGAGGAAGCGCAAGCUUGAUGACGACAAACUUGCAAAAGAAAAGAAGGCGACGUCGAGGAAAUCAGCAGAGGAAGAGAUCACAGAGCUUGAUAAAAUUCUUGGGCCAUCGCCAGGUACUGAGUCUUCAGGUUUGCGGCCGCCAGAUCAGAGUCCGGUCGAGCUGCAGGGGCGCAUUUGUGCUGUGCCCAAGAGAGAGACUUUGAGAAGGUCUCUUAUCAAGCUUGAUUUAUGUUUGAUGCUGAACAGGAAGAAGGCGAUGGUUCAAGCCAAUUGCCCCACAGGCAAUUGUAUUUGGCAAGGGCGCAGGUUACCCUCGCUGGCUUUGGGCCACGCAGCAGAUUUGUGCAAUCGAAUCAUGAAUGCAAGUAGUUGGCAAUACACUGCCACACUUUUGGCGAGUGAUCAGCACAACAGCCACCGAAUGGCCGAAAUAGAUGUGCAAUGCAAGACAAAGUUCUGCCAAAUUGUCGAGCACAAGCUGAAACCUUUUCAAUCUUUGCCGUAUGUCCUUGUGGGCGCUUUUGGUGAAUACUGUGGCUAUGCUUUGGUUGCUGCCAAAAAAGCUGUGCAGGAUGGGAUUGCAGAAUACGAAGCCAUGGCCCCUCACAACAAGGACAGCGUCUCUGCUUUGCUACUAGAGCACGAUCAUGCAGUGAGUGCCCAGCUGCGAGCUUUUGCAGCUCAAUCAGAUCGAUCCCUGCAUGAUUUUCCAGAUGCUUUUCUAGCUCUUCGAGCUCGUGCUUUUGCUCUUUGUGUUGAGCGACACACCGAAGGAGAGCACGCUCGCGUGAAGUUUCAUGCGCAAAGGGGCUUCCGAUUUGCAGGGCCAGUGAUGGUGGCUGCCAGAAAGAGAAAGGCUGAGGUCUUGCAAAUGAUCGAGAGUCAUAUGCAUUGGCUGACAGAUGUCUGGCAUGCGCAAAAGCUUUUUGUGAAUUUAUUGGAGCAUGUUUUGCCCAAGGAACAAAUCCAAAACUUGACAUUUGCGCAGAGAUGCCAGCGUGUAUAUGCAUGCAACCCUAAAGACCAAUUUUCAGAUUUGUCGAAAUGGGAACUGGAGGCUGCAGCUUUUCACAAAAGUGUGAAGAAAGUGCAGCAGGCUCUGGAUGAUGGGGCCCGUGUGCUGCCAAAUGAAGCGAUGCAAGUAGUGUACCUCAUCAAACAUUUUUUGCCCAAUGGAGUUUUUGCUUCUGUGCCAAAGGAAUUAUGGAGAGCUGCCACCUGUUCCAGCCCUGGGGCCCAGGACGCACCUCCACCCAUGCAGCCUCUGGUUCUGGAGUCCGCAAUGCUUUCAGGCAAAUUGGGUUCUCCCAACCUCUUGCAGCAGCAUGUGUUUUUUUCUGUACUGGAUGCUCGCCCAGAAGCAAAGGUUGUGGUCAAGCUGCGCAAAAGCAGACCAGAGCCUACCCUUCUCUAUGUGUCCCAUUUUGCAGAAGUGUCUUGGUGUUGGAAAGAAAGCAACGUAGCCAUGCUGAAUGUGCAAGGCAGGCAAAGUUGCGUUUUGAACCUUUGCGAAUGGACCCAGCCCUUGCUUUUCAAAGAGUUUUGCCAGAAUGCCACUGUGUGGAAAGCUGGCUGCUCUGAAUUACAACUGAACCUUUGCCCUGCCAGCUCUGUUGCUAGUGAACCCUUGUUGUUGCCCGAUGUGUUACUGGAGGAUGACUCCUUGCACGCGUUGCUUGCAGUUGAUACAGCCGAAGAGAAAGCAGUGGCGUCCUAUCAGCAGGGCGUGCAAGAUCUCCAGAUGUCAGUGGCUGUCCAGGGCCGCUCUUUGAGGGAACAGGAACGAGCCACUCUGAUGUCGUUGGUGCGAAAGAAAGCUUUUGGGCCUGAUGCUGCCUGUGGUCUGUGGGACAUGCCAUAUUUCGAAACAGCUGCCUUGCAGGCCAUGAAAUCUUUGGGCAUUGUGUCCUGCGAGCAGGAUGAUUUGGGGGAUGACCGAUACUGGCUCACUGAUGCGUGCCACGAAUACUUGGAGCUUCCAGAUGAGGAAGAAGGAGAGGCUCCCCCUCCUACAUUGAGCAGUGAUCCCUUGGUCCUUGCAAUGCCCGACACAGCCAUGAACCUUGAAAAGGUGACCUGCAAAGAACCAUCUUUGAAGGAAGCCUAUGUGCUGUAUGAUCGAUUCACGCAUUCCUCUGGCAACUUGAGGUGCUUCACAGCGUGUUGUCAUCACCAAAAUUGCCGAAAGUAUACUUUUGUGCGAAACCACAAGUCCAAAGAAGAAGCCGAGGCUUGGCUCUUGGCGUGGAAUGCCUUAGGCAAAGAUGCCUCAUGUUCCGAAGCCCACAAAGGCAUGGAACCGACUACAGCUAAUGUGAGUGGCGAAGCGAUGGGGCGCAGGGGACGUUCUGACGAGCAGGGGAAGGAGCCAACCAUUCCAGCUGAACCUGGCACUGGGGAGGGUGAGGCCCGUGGCAACCAGUUCCCGCAGUCGCACCCAGCUGGAGUCCGCAAGGUCUCUCUCAGCUCUGAUGAUGAUGACGAGUCCACCUGUACAUAUGGAGAAGUUGAAAGCCGCCGCAAACGUGCUCGAAGGGCAAGGGAGAGGCGAGAGCGCACCAAGUCCAGAUCCCGUCAUCGUGGACGUUCCAGGAAGCGUGAGAAGCGUGAUUGUGAUGGUCUUGCUGCUGGCUCUAAGCGACGUCGUGAGGCUCGUGAGGAUGAUGGCCGUGACGAAUCAAAGGUCCAAAGCCGUGAGGACAAUGAGAGUCACGCACCUUCUGGCCACCAGAAAAUGGAGAAGCCUGAGCAUGAGCAUUCCAAGCAAAGGCCGAAUGCAAAAGCUGGCACUCCCAAUGAACCUGAGGGUGAAUGUGUUUCUCCGAAGCCUUUCCGUCGAGCAAAGAGCAGCGUCCACUUGCAAGAGGGUCCUGGAGGGACUCAUAAGAUGGAAGUGGCUCCACCAACACUGUCUUGCAGUUUGUGUGGACGAGGCCAGUUGCAAGGAGAGUUUGCUCUGGCGCAACACAUUUGGGCCAAGCACCCAGACAGCAAGGAAGCUCAGGAGAACUCCAAAAAGUUUGCGGCCAGGGAGUUCAGGGAACGUGCCAGUAGGAGCUUGCCUGGUGGUCACUAUGGCGAGGCCAGCAAUCCUCGCAGUCCUGGAGAUCCUCGCAGGGAGAAGUCCGAGCCUCCUCCAGCUCUGAGUUCUGGAUGCGACCCUUGGAAAGACAAGGAGCAGAAGGAGACACAAGAGCCACAGAGGGCAUCUUUGCUUAAAGCUUUCCUGGACACCACCAACAGCAUCAUGACCAUGAUGACCAGCGAGGUUGCCGAACCGUGCUGCGGCAUUGGUGGCAUUCGAGCUUGGGUGGAAUCCUCCGGGGUUCCAUAUGAGUUCUUUUGCGCCCACGACUUUGACCAAGAGAUUGGUUCCUUCUACAAGUCUCUGCAGAAGGCAGGUGUGGCUGGGCUUGAGGCUGUAUCUUGUGGACCCCGUGAAGGGGAUAUCAGCAAGGUGCCCCAAAGCAAUCUGCCUGACUGUGAGAUUUUUGUCAGCGGCCCUCCUUGCCAGCCUUAUGCUUUGAAUGGCAAGGGAGGAGGAUUUGAUGACCCUAGGUCAGAGAUCUUGGAGAUUGUGAUUGCCUGGCUCAUCGAGCAGUGUUGGCGAGGGCAGUUGUUUUGCUUCAUUUUGGAAAACUCGACAGCGCUGGCCACACAUUCAUACUUCUGGAAGUUGCUCAAUCACUUGGUUUGCAGCUGUCCCUUCAUGAAGAUUGAAGUGAUCGAGCAUGAUCUUAAGCGCCUCAUUCCACACCAGCGGCCUAGGUUGUGGAUACGAGGGCUGAGGCGAGACUGUUUGGCAGACCCUGAUGGCCCACUUCCGUUGCCUGCGCAGCUGUCUGAUCUUUCGAGUCAGAGACCACCCUUGCUGGAUUUCUUGGAGAGUGGGCUGCCUAAUUUUGACCCAGCAAAGUUGACCAGUACCAUGCGAGGAAACCUUGCUCUUUACAAGGCUCUGGCCAAAGAAGCAAUGGCGCAGGGCAACUGUGGAGCCGUUAUGUGUGUGGAACUGGACAGAAACCCGCUUAGGCAGUAUGGUGGUGCUGCCACCUUUGAUGCCAUUCCUUCUUUGAGGACUGGAGGCCCCAAAGUUUUCUUGGUCAGCCUGAAGGAUUUGGAUCUGCCUUGGGACCAGCAGAUGCUUCACAGGUACUUGUCCAUCGCAGAAAGAUUCAAGCUGCAAGGCCACAGCUCUUCCCUCCCGAAGUACUUCAAGACAGACACUGGAGCUGUGAAAGCUUCUGGUAAUGCCUUUAAUGUGGUGCAUGUUGCUUGCCACAUGGCUCCGUUGGUGGAGGCAGCAGCGCGUGCAGGGGUUGUCACCAGGGGCUCCGUCGCCAAGCUGUCCCACCGUGAGCUGGGAGAGCUUGUGCCCAGCAGUGGCCCUUCGCCGAAUUGCUUGGAGUGCGUGUCCACUGACAAGUGGCUCAGCCGAUGCUUGAAGAAGCCUAAAGAUGACACAGAAGUUGAAGCUGAGUCACAAAAGGAGAGACGCCAGAAAGCCGAAGAAACGAAAAAAGCUUUGGGUGCGAUGUCCCCCACUGAGAAGGCUUCAUGGUACUGCAAGAAAAAAGAAGAACGGAGGACUCAGGAGCGCUCACACAAACGUACUUUUGGUACAGCUGUGGGGUAUGUCGAGGAAACCUCUGCGACAAAGCUCACCGACCAGGACAAGGAUGUCUUCGAGACAUCUGAGCUCUGGUGUGCCCGUCAACUCAGCUUGAAGAAGUUCGACACCUUGGCCGAGGCAGAAGCCGCAUUCAAAGCUGAGUGCAACAAACCUGGUGCCCGAACACUUACAAAGCGAGGGCAAACCUUGCUGGCUUCUUUCCAUGGAGUGGAGGUCCUGUCAGGCCAGGAACAUGCCUUGACGCAUGGCGUUCGCCAACGAGCUGAUUUGACUGAAGAAGCUGAUUUGCCCGACUUCAAGAAUGAAGUGGAAUCGAGGACACAGAGAGCCCAGUGGCGCUUGCAAGCUGACCGAGAGGCUUUCAUGGAAGGGACUCUGGAGGCUCCAAGCACCUUGCUGAAUGUAGCCCAAGACAUCAAAAAGGCUAAGGCUGCAGAAGCCGAAUUGGAAGCCCAGUGGAUGGAAAGCCUCGAGAUCACAGCUGCAAACAAAAAGAGCGAGAAGAAACCUACCGAAUAUGUUGUCAAGAGCGUGGCUGUUGAGUCCAUGGGUAUGCAAGCUGCCAUGGAGCGAGCUUGCCAGGCCAUGAACGAUUGCAUGUCCCGGCAGAAAGCCAUGCAGUGCUCAGCUGCAGAGGAAUCGACGCAGCUUGAGACCGAUGUCAUGCGAGAAGAAGCCAAAGACUGGGAAGCGCAGUGCGAAGCUUGUCUACCCAAAAUUGUGCAAGACAUUGACAAACAGAAAGGGUCUUGGCAACAAGCUUUGGCCAGAGGAACAGCUGCAAACAAUGCCCAGCAGAUCCACGAUGCUGCUGUGCAAGUGGCAAAGGAUUUGAAAGAAUGGCUCCAUGGGUGCCAGCCACUGAAGGAAUACAAAGACCUCAUCAAGAACUGGAAGUCUUUCUUGGCCAAAUGCAAAGCUCAAAGCAAAAAGAAAGACAAGGCUGCCACAAAGGCUCAAAGUUCAGCUAUGUCUUCUACAAAGCUCAGUGGCUCCUCCUCAUGGAACACUUUGCUGCUGUGCAAGCAAGCCGUAGAUGCCGCCAUGAACAAGCCCGAGCUUCACGCAGACACUGGGGUUGCUUGGAGCCUUGACAAGGACCUGCUGGCAGUAAGCCCUCCACAGGAGGCUUUGCCGGUGGUGUUCAGUGAGGGGCAAACCAGAUCCUACUGUGACUGCAUGAUGGAAAACGAAUACUACAAGUUCCAGAAAGUCUGGGUGUCUGAGCAAGUGAAGAAAAUGGGUGGGAAUUGCUUUGUGAGUGCCCAGAUCACCAAAGCUGUCGUGUCCAAGAAGAUCGGCACUGUGUGGACGAAGCUUGUUGGCGACACUGCCCUUGUUUGGGCCCAGACAGCUGACAAUGCGAUCAGGGAUUUGUUUGUCCCCCAGUUUUUUCAGCAGUCUCAAGAAGCUUGCCAGGCCCACCUGCAUACUGACUUUGGCUUGCCAGAUGCCAGGCUUUUGUUUGAAGGCAAGUGUCUUCUUGUUGGCAUGCCUUUGAGCAAGGUCCCUGGAGAUGAGUUGGCAGACAAGCGAGCCUGGCUUACUGCAACCACGUGGGAGUCUUUUCUGGCCACCAAGACGUGGAGUGUGUCUCUCCAACCUGGAAAGGGGGUGGUCAUCCCAGGAGACCAUUGUUUCCUUUCUGUGUCCCUGGGAGAAGAUUGCCAUGGAGCACGCUGCCACAUGCUGUUGGAUGGGCAUGCUUGCAGAACCGCGCCCCUGUGUGCGAAGCAGGUCAAAGACAACGCCAGCCUGGGACCUCUGAAGACUGGCAAGCUUGUGACCUUCAUCGAAGAUUUGUUGGCAAAUGCUGCCAGUGGCCCCAUUGACCUGCCGCACCUGCCCCCAACAAGGAAGGCCAAGAAGUCUGGCACUGCGCCUGCCAAGACCACGGGACAGCCAGAGUCCAAGCCAUUGGCCGACUCAGCUGAAGCCCAGGUUUCCGUGCCCCUUUUCAUGGAAGCCUUUGAGACCCUGCUUGUGGCAGUGUGUCUGGCCACAUUGCUGGCAAGAGAGCUGGUGGUCAGUCUUGAUGAGACAGCAGAGCUCAUGCUUGACGAGGAAGUGGAGGCUCGAAGGAUCCUCUUGCAGACAGGAGCUUUGACCGUGAAGGCGGCCUACAGCUUCAGCAGUCCAGUGUUGGUCGAGCUUUUCUCUCCGCCGAGGUUGACAGACUAUGCACAGAGGAGGGCGCUCGGACAAGGUUUACAGCUUGCAGAUGAUUGGAUUAGUUUUGUUGAUGAGAUUUCCGGCAAACCACUGUCAGCAGCAGGAGUGCGAAAGGCUAGGGCAGAGGAGAUUGACUAUGCUGUACGCUAUGGUGUAUGGGACACUGUACCCAUAGCUGAGGCUUAUGAGUAUGACUCAAAAGGGCCCAUCUCUUCUCGCUGGAUUGACAUCAACAAAGGAGACGAAGAUCAUCCGUCGUAUCGUUCUCGCUUGGUCAUCCAAGAGAUCAGGCAGUCGCAUAUCGAGGCGGUGUUCGCAGCCACACCUCCCUUAGAGUCCGUGAGGAUGCUUUUGAGUUUGCAGCGAAGCGGGAAAUUUGAAGGAACUUGUGGCCGGCUCAACAAGGCCAUGUACGGUUGUCGUGACGCCGCAGCAUGUUGGGAGCUUGAGAUCACAGACUUCUUUACAACCAACGGGUUUGCCCCUGGCAUUGGCAGCCCAGUUCUUUUUGUCAACACUACAAGAGACUUGAAGGUUUCGAUACACGGUGAUGACAUUACAGUGUUGGGUUUUGAAGAUGAUUUGAUGUGGCUUUACAAACAGAUGGGCACAAGAUAUGAGAUGAAGUUUGGGGGCUUGCUUGGACCAGAUGAGACAGAUGUUCAGAAUGUGGCCAUCUUGAACAGGCUUGUGCAUUACGGUCCAACAGCAACAACAUUUGAAGCAGACCCUCGACAUGUUGAGAUUAUUUUGAAUGAGUUAAAUUUGACAACAGCCAAGACAGUUUCGUCGCCCGGUGUCAGCAGCUCCAAUCCCGAUGAAACAUUGUUGACAGGUGCUGAUAUAACAAGGUACCGUAGCUUGACAAUGAGGGCAAAUUACUUGAGUUUGGACAGACCAGACAUCGCCUAUGCGACCAAAGAGUUGGCCAGAGGCAUGCAGAAUCCGACUCAAGGACAUUACAACGGCUUGAAACGGCUUGCAAGAUAUCUUGGAGGACACCGGAGGCUCGUGUGGAGCUAUGCGGAACAGUCAGAGCAAAGCAAGUUGAAAAUGUUUUCAGAUUCAGAUGAUGGUGGAUGCCUCACAACAAGGAAGAGUACUUCAGGUGGUGCAUUGAUGCAUGGGAGUCACUUGUUGAAAUUUUAUUCUUCAACCCAGCAUGUGAUCAGCUUGAGUUCAGGAGAAUCAGAGUUUUACGCAGGCAUCAAAGCUGGGAGUGUUCUGUUGGGUGGUAUUGCAACAAUGCAAGAUUUGGGUUGUGAGUUUUCAGCAGAGUUGGUGUUUGAUGCAUCUGCCGCGAAGGCUAUGCUUGGAAGACGUGGUCAUGGGAAGGCCAAACAUAUUGCACGAUGUUUCUUGUGGCUGCAACAGAGGAUUCAAGAUGGUGAUAUUGUGUUGGGAAAGUGCGGCACCAGUGUAAAUCCAGCAGAUUUGGCAACCAAACAUCUGGAUGGUGCUCGCAUCGUAGAUUUGCUUGAGUUGAUGAGCCUUAGAUUUGAAAGUGGCUCACACUCGAUGGCAUUGAAGGCUGCUUGCAGUGUGGCCAUGGCUUCAGUGGAGGAGCGCGCACAGGAGGCGCAGGGUGUGCAGCAUUUGGAAGACUUGGCGGCUGCAAGGGCUGGCGGGGCCGAGGCGGUGAAGCAACUGCAGGACGGCGCGUUUGUACGGCUCCAGACCGAAGAGUUGACAGCAGCCCGUGCUGAAGUUGCAGACUUGGUGACAGAGAAGGAGCAGGGGCCUGCCACUGCGGUCGCUCCAAAGGUCGCCGUGGGAAAGAAGGCCGAGGCGGCGCGGCCUUUGCUGGAAGAUUUCCUGACGGCAUGCGACUACGUAGGUGCCAUCACACUCCUUGAAUUUGAAAGGAAGGCGCGGGAGGACCGGCCACAUUUGCUGAUGUGGUUGGCCUAUUGCUAUUUUCACAACGGUGACUACAAAAAGGCGAUUGACGCCUAUGAUGAUGCCAUGAGAAAGGAAAAUGAUUCCAACAUCUAUGCCUACAAAGCCUGCUGCUACUAUGCCCUUUGCCAAUAUCAGGAGGCCGAGGAUGAAGCAGCAAAAGCUCCAGAUAGUCAGCUCAGGACGCGAAUCCUCUUCCAUACGGCGCACAAGAGGAAUGACGAGCCUGCCAUGAUGAGCCACCACCAGGCGUUGACCGACUCGAAGGAGGAUCAGCUUUGCUUGGCAGCGAUCCAAUACUUAAGGACCUCCGCACCACCCAGCGAGAGUCAUUUCCAGGAGGCCACCGACAUCUACAAGCGACUGUUGGUGGAGGAGCAUCGGGUUUACAUUGCUUUGUGCUAUUACAAGCUGGACUACUAUGACGUGGCCCUCGAGAUUCUCCAGACGUACUUGAGCCAAUAUCCUCAAUCCAUCACCGCAGUGAACCUGAAGGCCUGCAGUCACUACCAGCUCUACAACGGGAAAGCAGCUGAGGCUGAAUUGAAGGUCUUGCAGAAUGCCUCCUCCAGCGGGAACAUUUUCCAGGAGCAUGACCUACUGCAGCACAAUCUGGUGGUGUUCCGGAACGGCGAGAAUGCGAUUCAGGUUCUACCGCCGCUGCUGGACAUUAUCCCAGAGGCCAGGCUGAACUUGGUGAUCUAUCAUUUGCGCAAGGAUGAAGCCGCCGAGGCCUUUGCCUUGAUCAAAGACCUGGAGCCUUCGGUUCCGCGAGAGUACAUCCUGAAGGGUGUGGUCUUUGCGGCUUUGGGGCAGAAGACAGGCUCCAGAGACCACUUGAAGAUGGCUCAACAGCUCUUUCAGCUUGUUGGAGCUUCAGCCUCAGAGUGUGACACCAUCCCUGGUCGGCAGUGUAUGGCCUCCUGCUUCUUUCUGCUACGUCAGUUUGAAGAUGUCCUGGUUUACUUGAAGUCCAUCAAGCCGGUGUGCCCAGAGCCAGUGGAUUGGCAGUACUUUGCCAACGAUGACGACUUCAAUUGGAAUUAUGGCAUUGCCUGUGCAGCUGCCGGUGAUUAUAAAGAGGCCAAAGAGGCACUUCUGUCCAUUCAGAACGAGAAGAGCAGAUCCGAGUUCUGCUACCUCAGCUGGCUGGCGCGCUGUUACAUCAUGAGCAACGAGCCUGGCCAAGCCUGGGAGGUGACAGGGAUGGACCAAGGGGCUUAUGUUCGAAUGGACACCAGUAACGAGUCCUUCAAUCUGCUACACUUGAUCGCCAAUGACUGCUACAAGAUGGGCCACUUCUAUUAUGCAUGCAAGGCGGAUGGGAUCCGGUGA